CUCAGGCCGUCAAGACAGACAGGGAAAAAUGGUGCAGCGGCUCGUAUACCGCUCACGCCAUUCCUAUGCCACGAAAUCAAACCAAAACCGUGUUGUCAAAACACCUGGUGGGAAGCUAGUGUUUCAAUCCACAAAGAAGAGGGCUAGUGGACCCAAGUGUCCUGUAACGGGAAAGCGGAUCCAAGGGAUUCCCCACUUGAGGCCUGCUGAGUACAAGAGGUCUAGAUUAUCCAGGAACAGAAGAACUGUUAACCGUGCUUAUGGUGGAGUCCUAUCAGGCAGUGCUGUCCGGGAAAGGAUUAUUAGAGCAUUCUUGGUGGAAGAGCAGAAGAUUGUGAAAAAAGUGCUGAAGAUUCAGAAAAUCAAGGAAAAGCAGGCUGCAAAGAGCUGAGAAAUACACCUCACGAAUUUAAGUCUUGUGUUUUGGUGUAGAAGUUUUGGAUACUGGUAAAAGAAUCAUGACAUGAUGUACUCUACGGGGUUUUGAAUAUUUGGCUUUGUUCACUCACUAUUGAGAGAUUUGAUAUGUUUUCCUUCGGUUUGUUAAAGUUGCAGUUUACUUCCCAGUCUUUAUUAAAACAAGCAUAUUUAAUUAUUAAUAUCGAUAAUUUUUUUUACCAUCAUAUUGAUAAAUUUAUUAGAAACAGGACGGUCAUUACAAAU